UAAAACGCCUCUUCUUUUCCCACCUCUGACAUCUCCAUUUCUGCCAUAUAGUAAUAUAUACAUUCAUUUCUCCUCAAUUUAGUUCAUCGUUCGCUGCGAAAUAUCUCCCUCUGCGAUUUCUUUUGUUUCUUUUCACGACGAUCGUCGCUCUCUUCUUGGAAAGGAUUUAAAGCUCUUCAUUUCUUGACACGUUUUCUCCAGUUAGGCUGAAGAAAGAUCAGCAGUGACAUCUGUAACUGAACUGGUCACAUCUGAUAACAAAGGGUUGGUUAAUUGAGUGAAAGAUUUUAAUACUUCACUUGCUCAGGCAAUAUUUCGUGGUGUAUAUUUUGCCUGAAUACUGGAUAGAAUGGACCUCAAUUCAGGCAGCACGUCCCCGGUUCUCACUGACAACACAAGGUUAGGUAUUCACUCCGGUUUGCUGCCAUACUCGCACAGUAGCUCUGCUUUCUCCCCUCUCUUCCUUACUAUACCGAGGAAGAGGCCUGGACUACUUGAUGAUGUGAAGUCCAGUCUGCUUGAUACUAUGAUAUCUUCAUCCCCGACUCAUAAUAAAUUAUUGAAAGAUGCCAACAACGAGACAGCACAAAGUGAUGCUGAUCUUGCUUACCGAAACUGGAUGUGCAAGUACCCGUCAGCGCUUGCAUCUUUUGAGCAAAUUGCUAAAAGUGCAAAUGGAAAGAGAAUUGCAUUAUUCUUGGAUUAUGAUGGAACGUUAUCUCCAAUAGUCGAUAAUCCUGAUUGUGCCUUCAUGUCGAACGCUAUGCGUGUCGCUGUCAGAAAUGUGGCCAAGUAUUUUCCAACUGCUAUAAUUAGUGGCAGAAGCCGAGACAAGGUAUAUGAAUUUGUAGGUCUAACCGAACUUUAUUAUGCUGGAAGUCAUGGUAUGGACAUCAUGGGCCCAGUCAGUCCUUCCCACGGUGACAGCACUAACUGUAUCAAAUCCGUAGACAAGAAUGGCAAGGAAGUUAACUUGUUUCAGCCUGCUAGUAAAUUCUUACCCCUGAUUGACGAGGUACACAAAUCUCUAUUGGAGAUUACAAAAGAUAUAGUUGGUGCUAAAGUUGAGAACAACAAGUUCUGUGUUUCUGUACACUACCGUAAUGUUGAUCAGAAGAGUUGGAGCAUAAUUGGUGAUGCUGUCCAGGAGCUUCUGAAAGGGUAUCCUCAUCUGCGGUUGACACAUGGUCGAAUGGUCUUAGAAGUUCGACCAGUCCUUGACUGGCACAAGGGUAAAGCUGUUGAAUUCCUGCUAAAAUCACUCGGUCUGAUGAACUGUGAUGACGUUCUCCCCAUAUAUAUUGGAGAUGAUCGCACGGAUGAAGAUGCAUUUAAGGUUUUAAGAGAGGGUAAUCGAGGGUAUGGGAUCCUAGUGUCGCCUGUGCCCAAGGAAAGCAAUGCAUUUUACUCUCUAAGGGAUCCUUCUGAGGUGAUGGAGUUCCUCAAUGCGUUGGUGAUGUGGAAGAAGAAAAGUGUGGUGUAAUUAUAUUGGCCUAGGAAAGGAGGACGUGGUAGUAAAACGGAUGGAUAAAUUGGGAAGAUAUUCUUUGUUUCUUUUUUUAGUCGGAGAUUUUAACGGGUUGAGGAGCGGAGAUGCUUGAAGCUAUCGUGGUUUCUUUGUCCUUGAGUAUUCGAUUUUCCAGCACCAAGGAUGUCCUCACACCCAUCUUAUCUUGUAAGCCUCCCAAAGGGUUGCCUCUACCUAUGUAAGGAGUUUAUUGAUACAUUUGUUCGUUUAUCGGUGUUUAUUCGUUUCAAUUUCACUCCCUUCCUAUCUAUUGGUUGUGGUGUAGUAGGAAAGACAUUAAAGCAAAAUGCAUAUGAUCCUUGUCAAUGUAACCAGUUUGGUUUCUUUAAUUCAAGUUACUUAUGUAGAGGUUAAGAUAUGAUUAUGUGUACAAGCUAUACUCUAUUUGAAUGUGAUGUGGAUUUGCACAUAAUGAUAAGUUGGUAUAUGCCGGAUUGUUUGCA